CUGACCACAGACACAUGUAGCUCAGAGAGAGAGAGAGAGAGCGGGGCCCUGCUCAUGCUGUGUGGGUGUGAAACUGGAGGAGAGAGCAAGAAAGCUUGGGACUUGUUGGUCUAGACGUCUGGAGCAGCCGAGCUGAUGAUGAGGAUCAUGAUGGUGAUCAAGAAGCCACACCGAGGCUGCUGUGUUGGGCUGUCUUCACUGCUUUUGGAUAUUAUGAGCUAACUUUUCUUUAUGGGAUUACUUUUUCUUAUGGAAGGAUAUACAUGAAAGCCUGUCAAUGGGCUCAAACAAGGAAGGUGCUGUAGUGAAGAGAGUCAAACACAUCAUAGAUGAGAUCAUGCAGCAGGAGAUCAGGCCCCUGCUGGCCGUGGACAUCAUUGAGCAGCUUCAUCGACAGUUUGCUUUGCUCUCAGGAGGGCGAGGCAAAGAUGGCGCCCCCAUCAUCACCUUCCCAGAGUACUCAGGCUUCAGUGAAGUGCCUGAGGAAGACUUCCUCAAUGUUGUUACCUACCUGACCAGCAUCCCCAGCUUGGAUGCAGCCAGCAUCGGCUUCAUCAUCAUCAUCGACAGGCGGAAGGACAAAUGGAGCUCAGUGAAGGCCUCUCUGUCCAGGAUAGCUGGGGCCUUUCCUGGAAACCUGCAGCUUGUGUUGGUGUUGAGGCCGUCCAGGUUUUUCCAGAGGGCCAUCGCAGACAUCGGGAUCAAACUGCACAAGGAUGACUUUAAAAUGAAGGUACCGAUUGUGAUGCUGAACUCUCUGUCCGACCUGCAUGGCUAUGUGGAGAAAGGCCAGCUGACCCGGGAGCUGGGGGGGAACCUGGAGUACGUGCACAGCCAGUGGAUACACCACCGUACUGCCAUAGAGAACUUCGCCAUGACGGUGAAAAGCACAGCUCAGAUGUUACAGAAGUUUGGGACGGACCUGGCAGAGACCGAGCUGCCCAAUGAUGUUCAGUGCACCAAAGACCUUCUCACCGCGCACACGGAUAAACACAACAACCUUAAGGAUGAACUGAGGUUAGCUCUGAAGCAAGGCACCACCUUACUUGGCUGUAUCAAGGAGCAGGCAGUCAAGUCAGAAAACCACAAGCUCAACCCAGACGAGAUGGAGAACCAGACCACUGUGGAAAGGCUCCUGGCCCAGCUGGAUGAGACAGAGAAUGCCUUUGAACAGUUUUGGUGUAAACACCAUCUGAAACUGGAGCAGUGCCUGCAGCUACGUCACUUUGAACAGGACUUCAGAGAGGUCAAAGUGUCCCUGGACGGUUUGAUGGCCAGUCUAACCAGUCUAUCAGAUACUGGGGAUUGUGUGACCAGAGUUGAACUCCUGCUGAAGGAUCUGAAAACACUGGAGGAGAAGGCUAAGCCGUCACUAGAAAAGGCCCAGCUCCACGCGCUGCAUGGUGACCAGCUGAUCCAGAGCAACCACUAUGCUGUGGACUCCAUCCGACCUAAAUGUGUGGAGCUCAGGCGGGUCUGUGACGACUUCAGCAACGAGGCCCAGAAGAAGACAGACGUCCUGUCUAAAUCGCUGCGGAUACACACAGGCAUUGACAAGGUGAACCAGUGGUGUGAGUCUGGCAUCUACCUGCUAGCCUCUCAGGCCGUGGAUAAAUGUCAGUCACAAGACGGAGCAGAGUCAGCACUGACUGACAUCGAGAGCUUCCUGGAGUCUGCAGAAAAGAACCAACUGACUGAGCUGAGGAACCUUCACAACCAGUAUGAGGUCGUCCUGUCUGAGGAACUCAAGGCCAGUGUCCUGAAGGCACUGAAGCGCCUGGAGGAUGUCCAGGAGAUGUUUGAGAAGCGGCACGUCAGUCUAAAGAGGCUGUCGGCUAAACAGACGAGGCCCGUCCAGCCUGUUGCCCCACGGCCUGAAUCCUCUCCUAAACGACCCUCACUGAAGAACCCUCCUAGAAAUACAGGGAGCCAGCAGCCUCUGGCUCGCAGAGCCUCAGAUAACUCCAACAGUGUGAAGCAGCCGGCUGAAACUGACCCCAACAAGAAGAAGAACAUCCGCAAGGCCAAAGGAGGAAUCAAGAUUGAGGUGAUGCAUGAGGGGAGCCAAGGAGGCUCCACUCACGUGGUAGUUACCAAUGAGACAGAGGAAAGCCUGUCCAACAGACGCAGACACAUCAUGACCGAGCUGAUUGAAACAGAGAGGCUGUAUGUGGAGGAACUGCAAAGUAUUAUGGAGGGUUAUUUUGCAGAGCUGGAUAACUCGGAGCUCAGCCACCUCAUCCCUCCGUCCCUGGAGAACAAAAGGGAUGUACUGUUUGGGAACUUGCCAGAGAUUUAUGAGUUUCACAACAAGACAUUUCUGGGGGAGCUGGAGAACUGUGCAGAGAAACCAGAGCUGGUUGGAACGUGCUUUCUGAAAAGGAAAGAAGAGCUUCAGGUGUAUGAGAAGUACUGUCAGAAUAAACCCCGCUCUGAAGUCCUCUGGAGGCAGUGUGGAGACAGUCUCUUUUUUCAGGAAUGCCAGAAGAAACUUGACCACAAGCUCUCUCUGGAUGCAUACCUGUUGAAGCCUGUUCAGAGGAUCACCAAAUACCAGCUCAUGCUGAAGGAGAUGCUGAAGUGUAAUAAGGGCGAGGGGACGGCUGAGUUGGAGGAGGCUCUUGCCACUGUCCUGGAUAUCAUCAAGUCUGUCAACGACUCCAUGCACCAGAUAGCCAUCACUGGUUUUGAGGGAAACCUGAGUGAACUUGGGAAACUGCUGAUGCAAGGGUCAUUUAAUGUGUGGACAGACCACAAGAAGGGCCACAGCAAGGUGAAGGACCUGGCCAGGUUUAAGCCCAUGCAAAGGCACCUGUUCCUGUACGACAAGAUGCUGCUGUUUUGUAAGAAACGUGAGGAGACGACAGACGGGCAUGAGAAGACACCGUCCUACAGCUUCAAACACUCUCUUAAGAUGAGUGCGGUGGGAAUCACAGAGAACGUCAAAGGUGACAGCAAGAAGUUUGAGGUUUGGUACAACGGCAGAGAAGAGGUUUACAUCAUCCAGGCUCCUUCCAUGGACGUGAAAAAUAUGUGGGUGUCAGAGAUCCGCAAAGUUCUUACUGGCCAGCUGGAGGCAUGCAGAGAGGCCAGUCAGAUAAACAUCUACGGAGGCCCCAUGAGGAAUGUGCGAAAGAUGGCACUGAGACAGUCAGAUUCAUCAAGUCCAGAGUCAGGCUUCAGGAGAACCAAUCCCAGCCCUAAUAUGAGGCAGAAGAAAGGCUGGGUCCAGCGUCGUCUCCCUUCCAUGGACACAGAUGACUUUGAGACGAUCCCCUCCAGUGCAGAGGAAUCCUCCAACUCUUCUGAAGAGGACAACAACAAGAAUGGUGACAAUGGGCGUUUCCGGGUGCAGCUGACCUAUGAGUCUCGAGAAGCGAAGGACCUCUCUUUGGAGACGGGGGACCUGGUCCAAUUUGUAGAGGAGGCAGAGAACGGACACUGGCUAGUCAAGAACCUUUUAACAGAGGAGACAGGGCUGGUCCCAUCAAGUAUACUGCAAACGGCAUCUGAAGGAGAUAUCUUCAGCGAUCUGUGUACAGCAGCACUCUCUGACUCGGAUGAAAAUGAAGCCAGCACAUGGGGAGAUGUGUCUCAGGACAGCAGAUAAACCCAAAUUACUAUUGUAGUUUGUUAUAACAGACUACAACCAUUUCUACUGGAUUGAAACACACGGUGGAGGACUCAAGCAGUAGUUUUUCAACUGUAAUUUCCUAAACUGAACUUAAAAUAUCCAUGACUUUGAUUUUUCUACUUGUGGUUCUUCAUGUUAGACUAUAGAUAUGGCCUGCUAUUAUCUAACACCUGUAGUUUUUCCUAUAUGACUUUUAAAAGCUUCUGGAAAAAUCUGGAAUCUAAACCUUGAAUGUGGGAAAGCCAUAUAAGACUUCAAAUUCAAGGAACUCCCAGCUGUCAUUAGUGGAGAGCUGAACACUGCAUGGAUGUAAACACUGAACUUUUUAUCUGAACUUGGAUGAUCUCACAUCAUGUACUGUAAAAAAAAAGAAGAAUGCAAUUCCCAAGUGGAUGGGCUGGAUACCCGAAAUUCACAUCUCAUUUCUGACUUGGAUAACUUUUGUGAAAACUCCAUGUGCAGGUUGUGAGGCAGCCCUGGCAACCUGCCCUGUUUUGCUGCUAUGCUGCGCUAAAGCAAAACUCUCCCAGACCAGUUUCCAGCUCGACUGACUCGCUACAGCGGCUUCAACUUUUCAGGUUCAGACACUUCACAGUAACAGCAGCCUGCAGAAGAACCUAGAAGCUGUCUGGCUUGGCUUUCCUCAUCUUGUUGGAGCAUCGACAUUAUGUCAUUACAUCGGAUAUAUUAUCUCUACAUGCUGUUCUCACUUUGAGUUCCAAAUCUUCUGUGAAAUUGCUCUGAGAUGUUUCAGAACAUCUCCUGUUCAUAUUUGACUUUUAAAGCUAGUUAAAUUUCUCUCUGUGCACUGAAGGACAAAAAUAUUUAAAUAUGGUUGACUGUCUUGAAAAAAACUUUUAAUGAUGCAUUUCUUGUUGCAGAUAGAAUCCCUUCAUAUUAACAGAAAGUAUUCACCCCUUGUAUGUUUUGCCCUUGUAUUGUUUUUUUUAAUUAAUCAUGGUCAAUGUAUUUUGGCUUUUUGACAGAAAAAUGCUAAAAAAAAAAUUUAAAAAAAAACACUUCAAUGUCAAGUGACAACAGAUUUCUUCAAAGUAAAGUCAAUUUAAUUACACUAUGUAAUGUAAACUAAGUAACUGCAUUCUUAUUCACCCCCUUCAGGUCAGUAUUUAGUAUUUUCACCUUUGGUUGCAAUCACAGCACUGCUAAUUUAUAAU